AUGCCUCCGCCCAACAUCGCCGUGCUGGGUGGUGGCCUCACAGGACUUUCAGCAGCCUUCCACCUUUCGCGGCGCUUCCCCGCAGCCCAAAUCACCCUUUUGGAGAAACAAGCUAGACUCGGUGGCUGGGUACGCUCUGAACGCGUCAAAUUACCCCAGAUAAGUGCCUCAGUAUUACUGGAAGGCGGCCCUCGAACUUUGAGACCGAAUGGCAAACCUGUCCUGGAGUUGAUCAACCUGCUGCAACUUGAGGACCAACUCGUUACAGUUCCUAAGACUGCCGCUCCUGCGAAGUCUCGCUUCGUCUACGUUCCAGAAUCUUACGGAGACAACGUUUCGGGUCUCCAGUGCCUCCCAUCCUCCUUGUUGUCUCUUAUAUCAUCCCAAUUGCUAUCUAUCCUGUUGCCAGCAAUCCUUCGUGAACCUUUUAGAAGGUCCAACCGGCCGCCAAAUGCGGAGGACGAAAGUCUAGACUCUUUUCUUUCCAGGAGGUUCGGGGAGACUUUUGCUCGAACGUUUGGCAGUGCUCUCGUCCAUGGGGUCUAUGCGUCAGACUCGCGAAAACUGAGUGUCCGAGCGGCAUUUCCAUCGUUGUGGGAGGCAGAGAACAGGGGAGGAAGUGUUGUGCGAGGAUUCUUGAUACCUUCCCGAACGAAAACGUUGGACGAUGAUUACGCGCUAGGGACGAUGGUCGACCGGAUGCGCGGUGUCUCCGUAUUCUCAUUCAGAGACGGGAUGACGACGUUGACGGACGCGCUGGAGGCACGCUUGCGGACAACCUCGAACGUCACCAUUCUCUCAGGCACUAAUGUCACAGCCAUGAAGCCUGGGGGGAAUUAUUUUGAGAUUUCGACUUCGUAUAGACAAACCGUUCAGGCGUCAUACGCUAUUUCCGCUCUACCUCUUCCCAAAUUACACCAGCUUCUCAGUUCCUCUCUGGAAUCCAGGACCUCGCACGAAGUACCCCACUUGUUGGAGAACCCGACAUCGACGGUCCACGUCGUCAACCUUGUGUUCCAAUGUCCUCCAGCGCAGGUCCAUCCAGAAGGUUUCGGUUAUCUCAUCCCUCGUCAUCCAGCAGGUUACCCAACCUCAGCCAUUCCCUCAUCCCCAGGCAUCUUAGGCGUCGUAUUUGACUCUUGCUCGCUACACGGACAGGACUUACCGCUCAUCGAGGACUACUACAGCAAAGCUACGCACACGAAGCUCACAGUCAUGCUUGGCGGACCCUACCCCACGCUUCCACUGCCAGCGCAGCUCGCCUGUGCCGCCUCUGACACCAUGCCACCUUACGUCGCAUCAGUCCUUGACCAGCUAAAGCGCCAGCUAGGUCGAGAUCUCCCGAACCCCAUCUAUUGGCACAUCUGGAACAACGAAGGCUGCAUCCCGACGUUGCAGCCAGGCCACCUCGAACGCGUGAAGGAGAUGAGGGAGGCUCUUCAGAGUUAUGGCGGCGGGCGGCUCGCCGUCGUUGGCUCCGGGGUCGGAGGUGUGAGCGUGAGCGAUUGCAUUGAGGCUGGGAGGCAGGUUGGGAAGGAGUGGGUCUGA